AUGCAGGCCGCCACCCAGAGUGGAGUAGCCUUUUUGAUGGACGAGUACAAGGGAGCACUUAUAUCCAGUACUACGGGCAGCAAGUGGGCUGUGUGGGGCCUCGAGGACUGGGUCAAGGCAGGUUUCAUGGCAAUUUGGGUUCCUGAGCUGUGGGCGAUGUAUGCGCAUAUGGCACGCAUGCGCCGCAAGGUGCUUUCUGUUGGUAAGAGCCAUAGUAGUUUGGGAGCGAGGUUCAAAGACAGGUUUGAGGCGGAGUAA